GUUUUCUUUGUUAAUAGUAUUCGUUCCAUAGACUUUGGAUAAAUGUUUGUUUUAUGUUUGCCUUAGUUUUCUUUCUCUCUUUUUGUUUGCUGGCCCAACUAAAUUCAGUUCAAUAUUCAGAGAUUUCCCUUUAUUUAUUCUUUCCGUUAGCUUUUAACAUGUAAGUCGUUUAAGCUUAAGGGACAUUUAAUGGAUUUACGAAAAGUCAAGUAUGGGUGCAUGUGUUGGCAUUCAAUUGGUUUGAUUGUAUAGGACUUUAGUCAUCCUGAAGACGGUUUAUUAAGAUGAGAAUUUGCUUUUUUCUUUUUUUUUGUUCAUCUUAACUAAACUUAACUAAUGGUUUAAUUUGCUUUUCAAAGCACAUUUCGAUAAGAUAAUUCUAACUUAAACAUUCGCUUUCAGGGUUAACUCGACUUCACUAGAUUACCUUAGUUUUCUUCUUUUUUUUUCUCGCCAUCUUGCGUACAAAAGUCUCAUACGGCAAUUGAAAUAUUGAACAGACACAAAAAAAAAUAAAUAAAUUCAAUAAACUCAAGUGUUCUGGCAUAUGCGUAUAUGAGUACAUGGGGGUCCAUAGUGAGUGGUCAUGCUUGUGUUUGCUUUGUAAUUGAUUUUGAUGCCGACAUUCAAUCUCUUAUUGUUCGCUUUUUGCCAAAUAUACAGACGAAAGUAUAACUGUAUAGACUGCAUGUUAUGUGUGAAUGAAAAAAUUUAAAAAUAUUGUGUAAGCAAUUUGAGCGCUUAGAGUAGGAAAACUUUAAAUCAUUUCAUGCAUACAGUGCACAGAAGGAAGACGGGCUUGAGACGGACAUUCCUUUUAUUAUUAUUUUUUUUUAAGUUUUUCUAUCGGUCCGUCCAUCUUGCCUCUUGUAUCCAACUUACAAGACGCAAUUUUUCAGAUAUUUUGAUGAAAUCUGGUAGGCUAAGAACUUUUAGCCCAAGGUCUAACGCUACUGAAAAUGGUUUAGAUCGGCCCACUUUUUCGAGCAUUUCUCGUAGGACGCGUUGUUUUGAAAAGUCGUUACAUGAAUAUCUGCGGAGUGGCGCAGUGCUCUGGCCCAAGAUAGUGUUUUUAUUUAUUUUAAUACACAUUUUUCUUCAUUUUUAAAACUAUUUUCUUUUAUUCUUUGCAGUUCUCUUUCAAGGUCUUUUUGUUUUGUGUUUUAUAAAUCAUUUCAAUUUGAUAGAAUUCGUUUGUGCCAAUAUGACCACAGAGCAAGCACAUUGAAACGAACGAAAUGACUUUGAAGGCAUCAACUUAAUACUGGGGCGGGAAUCUAGUGAUUGGCAUCGGCCAUCGUGUCAGGCAAAACUUUCAACGGCUUUUGUUUUGCCAUCGCCACUGCAAUACUUUUUGGUAAGCUUGCCAGGGCUUUUUUCCAAAAUUUACUUACUCUGCUUUUGUCAUUUUCCUUGCGCUUCUUUGUUCACGCAUUUUGUACGCAUUUCUGAAUGAAUGUCCAAUGAAUCUAGUCAUAGGAUAGGUGAGACGUCUUAUCCACUUAAACUCUCCCAGCUUUUGUAAUUUUACAAUUGCGCGGCAUAUCAUCGAGGUGAAAAAAAUACCUUUGCCCUUUUUCUCUUCUGCCGGAUGAUUAUCCUUUUUCUAUUCCAUCAUGGAUUUUUGAAAAUAUAUAGAAGCAUUGGAUCUGUGAUAUUUUGGACAAACGUUUUGCUAAGGCUAAGAAGGUAGAAAGUUUGGUUAGAAUUUUCAAGAGAAAUCCAAUUAGAUCAUUACAAAGAAUUAUAUAGAAUUAUGUUCACGACUCCUUCAAAUACCCUCUACGUGAUCUUCUUGCUUUUUUUUCAUGAAUUCUAAGUUCCAUACAUUUCCCUUAUGUCUGUUGACGUGUGUGUGUGCAUAGUAAUUUUUUUUUGUAUAUGCCUUGAACAUAUUUGAAUUUUCUUAUGACUUUUUCACUUUUCGUUUUUAUGCAUCCUUGUGCGCUGCUUUAUAUUUCGUUUACAAUUACGAACGCUUUUUGCAUAUGCACCUGUCUAGUUUCUGUUCAAUUUUCACUUGUUUUGAUUUCAGAUAUUUCGAUCGAAUUGCUUAUGCCUAUAACUUUACCUAAUUUCAAAAUUUCAAAUAUAAAAUUUCAUUCUCUAGAAAUCACUCUACUGUGAAGUCCUCUUUUUCUUUAUUUUAUUUGUAUAUUUUCUUUAAUUUUAUUUGUAUAUUGUCUAUACAAAAAUCGUAAAUGUUGAAAAAAUUUGCGCUAUUUAGAAAUUGCCAGCGUGACAUGGCGGGAAUGUUACGUUUAAAUGCUUUCGGACACGCGACGAAACUUGUUAGUCAGAUGCGGAAUUAUGCAUCACAAGCCAUUAAUCAAAUGCUGCAGUUGCAGCACACGGAGGUUUGUGCAGAUCCCCCCUCUCGAGGUGUAAUAUUUGGUGUGUACGCCGAUGAGAACGAUAAAACCGAUACAGGCAUUCUAACCGCCGCAGGAUGGAAGUAUAAUGUUCAAAGAACGGGCGGACGUAUGAUAGAAGUACUACGUAUGUCGGGGCCAAUGCCUAAAGCAGGCGAAUCUCGACUGUUUUUCGGCCAAGAGACCGAAAAAAUACCAUAUUACUCAGCAGUGGCUAUAGUCGGUUUGGGUAAAGAAUGCUUGGGUUAUAACCCAUAUGAAGUUCUUGAUGAACAAAAGGAGACGAUCAGACGAUCCGUAGCUAAGGCAUGCAUGGACUUGGCACUCUUAGAUACAACUCGAAUUGAGGUGGACAAUUGCGGGCACGCCGAAUCGGCGGGCGAGGGCGCUGCUUUGGGUGUUUGGUGCUAUCAAGAGCUGCGUGAAAAAAAGAACCGCAUCGCAAUGCCAGCGAUUGAUUUGUACACAACAAAAGAUGAUUUAUGCGAUAUUGAAGGGUGGCGCAUUGGUGUGCAGAAAGCAGCUGCACAAAAUCUAACACGUCAGUUACAAGAAAUGCCCGCAAACAUAUUGACGCCUACUGCUUUUGCUCAGAAUGUAGUUGAGGUUUUAUGUAAGUCUGGUGUAAAUGUGGAGGUUAAAGUAGAAGGUUGGGCCGAAAGUCAGUUGAUGAAUGCCUUUUUGUCGGUGGGAAAAGCUUCAUGCGAACCGCCAAUUUUUUUGGAGCUCAGCUACUAUGGCACCUCAGCUGAAGAAAGGCCGAUCGUCUUAAUAGGUCAGGGCAUAACAUACGAUUGUGGUGGUCUUUGCUUGAAUCCCAUGGAGAAGCUAUACGUUAUGCGUGCUGAUAUGACAGGAGCUGCUGUUGUUGUUGCAACAUGCAGAGCUGUAGCAGCUUUACGCUUACCGGUCAAUAUUAGAGGCCUUAUUCCCCUUUGCGAGAAUGUUAUGGGCUGCAAUUCAUUUCGCUCUGGAGACACCGUCAAAUGUAUGAACGGCAAACAUAUAAAAAUUCAAGGUACUGACUAUGAAGACAUUUUGGUCUUGGCUGAUGCUCUUUCAUACGCACAAAAUUUCUGCCCAAAAUGCAUUGUCGAUGUCGGUACUCCGUCAUGGGACAUGCGGAACACAUUGGGGGAGGCUGCUUGUGGUGUUUUUACUAAUUCGGAGAUUCUAUGGCAGCAAAUUAAGCAUGCUAGCAUGCAUACCGGCGAUAGAGUUUGGAGAAUGCCGUUGUGGGAUUAUUACACGAAACAGGUAACAAGUGGCAUGUCUGCAGAUGUACAAAAUAUAGGUAUAGGACGUGGUGGAAAACCCUGUAAGGCUGCUGCUUUCUUAAGAGAAUUUGUACCCUGCGGCCAAUGGAUGCACAUCGAUGCGACCAGUGUAAUAUUUACCAAGGGAAGUCAUUUUGAGUACUUACGAGCCGGAAUGGCCGGGCGUCCCACACGUACGGUAAUUGAAUUCAUCGCCCAAACUAUUUGUAAAGACACAGCUCCUAAGAUGCCCAAAAAGGAGAAGUAAAAGUUUACACAUUCCGCUAAAAAAAAAAAAAUAAUAAAACUUCCUUUUUCUUCUCCUUUCCUUAUUCUUCAUUUCGACUUUCUAUCGUUUCUAAAAUAUUUUCGAAAUUUUCUGGCCUGUAUAUUUGUAUAUGUUUGUGUCUGUAAAUUUAAUAAUUGUGCAUUAAAAUAAGCGCGUAACUUUUGUUUUGUAGACAAAUGUAUAUUUGUAAUAUAUCUAUCAAAUAAAUAUAUAUUGUAUAUAUGGGCGAACUAACACUGCAAGUACAUUAUUUGUUAAAGAAAUUACAGAAAACGGGGACGAAACGCGUGGUUGGAAUGUGUGCAGUGCGAUGUGAAGCAUGUGCGAGUGUUGAGCUCUUUUGCACACUUCGUGAUGUUAUUACCCCAUUCGAGUCAUGUCUUUCAGGAUCAUCACUGUGCGUACACGUACAGAGAUCUACUAAGCGGUUUGUCAUACAACAAACCAAGUGCGGGUACAAAAAUUGCGCUACAUUAGAGUGUCAGAGAGAGAUCGAAGUGCUAAGCAAGUGCUCACAGAAAUCGUCUCAAGUAUGGUAUUCAAACAACAAUAGUUGCUGGACGCGCCGAUUAGUUCUUUGUAUCCUUCCAUUUAAGGCGUUCCGGCAAUCACUUAUAAGAAUCUUUUCGAUAUGUUUGUUAGAAAUUGUGGAAAUGAUGAAAGAGUGUACGGGUCAAAUUUCCAUGUGUUUGAAAUAAUUUUGUCGACUUUUAAACGAAAAAUUCACUCCGAGGUACUACCUUACGAUCUUGCAAAUGUCAUAAGAAUCUUAUUGCUACUCUAGAUAGGGGAAAAUACAUAUUAAGCUUAAGUUUUGCACUCGAUCACACUACCGAAGUAUGCUAUGCAAGGCAAGUUAAGUUAUUUUUGAAACUUUGCUUUCUAAAGUUCAGUAGAAAAUGCUUCAUUCAUUCCGAACAUUCAGUCCUUUAUUUGAACCUUAGCGAUUGGUUUUGCUUUAUGGGACCGUAGAUAGCAUGGCUUAAGUAACUUUACAUAAAAGUAAAAUUAAAUUAAACGUAUAAGUAAUCUUGGGAAUUUAAUAAAAAUAUCACUCAGACGUUACGUUGUUCCCUUUAAACGUCUGGAAAAUGUCAUACAUGUUCAUAUGCCUGAGCAUGACAACACAAUGGAUAAGCUGUCAAAAACAACCGUUGUAUGUAACACGCUUCGUACUAUAAAUUGAUUAGUAGCAAAAUAACCAAAUAAUUUGGCUUUUGAAAAUAUGUAAACGAAAUGUUGUAAAGAAUUGCUUGUCAUGCGAAAGGAAAAGCCAUAAAAUAUUAUUUUAGAACAUUUUAAUUUAAAUGUAAGAAGAAAAUGUUUAAAUCGUUUUCAAAUAUAUAUCAGGAGCUUUUUAAUUUAUGUUUAAAGUUUUCGUUUUACGAGCGAUUUCUAUAAAGUUGUUAUUUCUCUUUGUUCCUAAUGAAUUUAUUAUUAGCAAAUUUAUAUGAUAUACAUAAGUUUAUCGUCUUUUAUUUGCCCUUCUAAUUGUAUUAAAAUACACUAAACAUGUUUUAAAGUUGAAGGUCGAAAGCAUUUAUUGAGUUUUGGCGAGCAAUUUUGAAGUGCUAAGUUUUAUAAUUGCGGUCGCGACCGUAGCCUAAUGAAUUUUUUUACCAAGUACAAUAAAUUAUGUCUUUUGUUACGCUCACAACAGAGGGAGCAUUAAAUUUGUGGUUUUAAAUCGUAGCGAACCUUACGAAUGCCCACUAAGUGACGCCGAUAAAUUUCGUUUGCUAUUUGUCAAAACUACUCAUUCCCUACUUCGGAACGGGUAUGUGCUUUCAUCGUAACGCCCGUGAUUCCGAAUCGAUACAAUCCGAGCACGAAUAUUUUAAUGCGUUUACCAUCACAUGUUUUGAGGCAUAUUUCGUACCAGCCAACUGAUCCAUUUAAUAUUUCUGCUUCUCUUUUUUCAAACCUUUUAAGCAAUUCGCUAUGUUAGACGUCAGUCUGCCUUAACAGCCAAGUCGUCCGCCAAUGCACACGUACAUGCUGACUUGUUUAUCAACCCGUCCGCUAUUGCAUAAAAGUUAAAUUUCAAGUAUUCUCACAAUGCAUUUGUAAGCCUUUCUCUUAGUCCAUCUGCUUGCCGGUCUGCCAACCUCUCACUUCAAGUGUCCGUGCAUUUGCGUACACGUUUUUUAACCCAUCAAUUUUCGUCCGGUCAUCGGCCAGUCCCUACGUCAACUCAUCGCUCAGUCCAUCUAUAGAGUUGUCCGUCAAUUAACGUCAGUAAAGACAUAAGACUUGCCGAUUGGUCGCAUAAUAGCCUGCCACUACUUAUCGCUCUCCUAAUGUGUGUGGUGUGUGUGUGUGUGUGUGUAUGUAUGCAUUUACUUGCAAUCACUCUCACAAUUAAUGAGUCCGUAUGUCAGUCUCUAUUUUACUAUUUAUAAUAGAGUCGUUCGUCAGCCUACCUAUCCACGGUUUUGUCAGAUCAUGUAUCCGGCCGGCUAUCCAUUUGUUGGUCGGCCUUUAGUCAUUGUGCUAAUGGUUUUAUUAAUCUUCUGGCAUUGUCUGUGAGAUUGACGGACACGGUUUCUUCUUCCACUUUAGCGUUGUUUAAGUUUUAAUGUUAAAGGAUAUUGAAAUUUUCAUAUUCAUUAGUCAAUAAGAAAAUUUAAAAAUUAAGCAGAAUGAAAAACUUCAUAAUUUAAUUUAUUUAAUUUUCUAACAAGUUUUAUGACGCAUAGUGAGUAUCAAGCCGACUUAAAUAUUUUUACCAAAGGGAGAUCUUACUUCUUCUCGAUUUUACUCUUCCUCUAAAAUACUUAUGUACAUCACUUACAAUCAUGGUAGUGAUAGAAUAUUUAAAUAUAUGUGCUGCUUAUGUGCUACACUUUUCUUUCUUACCCUUUCGCAACGCUUUUCAUGCGCCGUGAGCCGAUGUCUAUUUGUUUGAUCACAAUUACUAGCGUAGAAUUUCCUCCAGAAAAGAAAAGCUUAGUCUAAAAUUUUUUUAUUCAAUUCUCCUCACAUUAAAAGCACUUAAAAACACCUUAAUGAAGGCGUUAUAUGGAUAUGGUCGAAAAUGUGGCUCUAUCUGAACCAUUUUUUUACAGCGUUCGCUCUUUGCCCAAAACACGUCAGUGCACCAAAUUUCAUCAAAAUAUCUGAAAGAUUGUGGCCUGUAAGUUGAAUAUAGUAAUACAAGACGGACAGACGAACGGAUAUGCUGAAAUUGAUUCAGAAAAUGAUUGUUAAUCGAUCCGUAUAAGAAAAGAAAGAUUUAAGUGAAGUCCUUUUGAGUUUUACAUACGUCUGAGCGAACUUAUUGUACCCUUGUACCACAAGUGAUGGGCUGUGGUUUUGGCAAAACAUAAUAAAUAAUUCAAUAAUUCUUUCCUUUUAUUAUUUUAUGAUUUUAAAGCUUAACACGGGAUCUGACAAAUCGUCAUUUAUGGGCACGGUCUUUAGUUCGUCUAUUAAUUUAUAAAAUUUGCCGGCGUCUGCAUUUUAAAAUG